GAACGAUGGGUUUUUGCUGGAGCGGGGAGUGUGGCAACAGGCCUUGCCGGGCAGGCCAUUAUAUGCCCUGCCAUGCUGGAUGGGUGGGCCCCACUGUGCUGCUCUGCAUCUAUGGUUUCUGCUCCAUGAUGAGGCCCAUAGAGCCCUUCCUGACAGAGUUUCUCACGGGAACUUGUAAGAAUCUCACCACCGAGCAGGUGACUAGACAGGUGUAUCCUGUGUGGACGUACUCCAGCUUGCUUCUCCUCAUCCCAGUCCUCCUGGUGACAGACUUCCUCAGGUACAAGCCCGUAAUCAUCCUCCAGGGACUCAGCUAUGUCAUAGCAUUUCUUCUGGUACUAGUUGGCUCGGGGGUCCCCUCGACUCAGUUGGCCCUUUUCAGCUACAGCAUUGCCACGGCGGCAGAUGUGGCCUAUUUCUCCUACAUUUACAUCGUGGUCCACGCCAGCUACUAUCAGAGAGUGACCAGUUAUGUCAGAGCGUCAAUACUGCUGGGCUACUCUGUGGGUGGCCUGCUUGGUCAACUGCUAGUGUCUUUGGGUGGAGUGUCCUUGUACUGCUUAGCGUUUGUGACUCUCAUCUCUGUCUCCAUAGCACUGAUUACCUCCUUUUUCCUGCCCAUGCCCAAAACCAGUUUAUUUCUUAACGGAACAUAUUCUGCACAACAGAGAAACUCAGAUGAGGAUGAUCACAACUCAGAAAGUGAGGACUCUGACAACAGAGUGAAGAGCAGAAUGGCUGCAAAGCAUAUUGGGAGGAUGUUCAGGAGGCUCAUACUGGACUUCAAGACGUGUUAUUCUUCUGCGGCCCUGCUCUUCUUCUGCAUAUGGGCGGCUACAGGCAGGUGCGGCUUCUACCAGGUGUCAGGCUACGUCCAGCUCCUCUGGGUUUACAUCCAGCCACAGAACGUAACAGCCUACAACGGAGGGGUGGACGCCAUCAGCACAUUGACAGGAGCUGCAGCCACAGUUGCCGUGGGCCACAUGUCCCUGGAGUGGUCUGUGUGGGGGGAACUGAUCCUUGGGGGUUUCACGCUCCUGAUCGCUGGGUCUGUAUUCCUGAUGGAUCUGACUGACAACAUCUGGAUCAGCUACACAUGCUACAUCCUCUUCAAAACUGUUUACAUGCAGCUCAGCACCAUCUGCACGUUUCAGAUCGCCAAGGCACUGAACAGAAAGCGCUAUGCGUUGGUAUUCGGCGUCAACAGUUUUGUGGGCACAGUCCUCCAGAGUGUCCUCACCGCCAUCGUCAUCAACACCAAGUCUCUCCAGCUCACCAUCACCUCCCAGUUUUUCAUCUACGCCUCGUACUUUGCUGUUAUUGCCCUGCUGUUCACAGUCAGAGGUGUGUAUACUGUGCUCCACAUGAAGCGGCCCGCUGCAGGGAACCAGGCAGAGAGAGCCACCAACCUGCCAGAAGAGUCCCAUCCGUGAAGGACUCUCUGAGAACAUACAGAUUUUUAUUAACUCCCACAACAACUAAUCAGCAUACUACAUCAGCAGCAAUCAGCACCAACAGAAAAAAACACACUGUAUGUACAUGCACAUCAAGACAUUCAAUCCAUCGCAGAGUGAUUCAUUUGUUUUUCAGUCUGUCAUCAGCAGGUUUUAACUAAUCGAUUCUGCAAACGUGAUGUGACUCAGACAGUGAGAGCGCAAUUCCUACGUAUUGCCACAAGAGGACACUACCUGCACAAUAUAAAACAACAAGAAUCCUACAGGGCAGCUUUGAGGUGGUUCAAUCUCAACAGACAUAUGUUAGCUCAUUAUUCUGUAUGCAGGUAUUUCAUAAAUUGUAUGCCAAAAGAAAUACCUGAGUAUCAGCCGUCACAAAUGUUGGACAUUCAGUGAUAUGGGGCUUGGGGGCUUCUCUCAAGCACUUCUCAUUUAGCAUAAUGGUUGUGAAGCAACAUUUGGUAAGUCAGGUAAAUUACAACCAGGGCAUUGCAGUAACUCACUUGCUAAAUCACACAGUGAAUACUGUAGACAGAUUGCCCGUUCAGUAGAAACUCCCAAGGAUCUAAUUUAUAAUUUCAAUAUAAAUACUUUUUUUUAAAAGAUAUCAUAUUUAUAGGCUAUACAUAUGUUUAAAUAAUGUAUGAAAAAUAACACUUAUUACUGAUUUAGUUAUAUGGUUUUCAUUUUUACCACAUGAAUUGUGCUCACUUUUAUAUGUAAAUAUGUCAGAUCAACAAAGGCUGUGAUGUUUUUAUGCCUGUUUGUUUGUUAAUUGAUGUAAAAAAGAUCAAUAAAAGAUGUGCUUUAAAAAAUCCACAAACACAAUCAAUACUGAAGGCACAAUCA